GCACCGGAACUGGACACGGAGUCUCCGCGGCGGUUACCGUCGCGGCUGUUCACCGACCCUGACCGGACUUUUGAAAGAGAAACCCAGACCGCCGAGAUUUCUCUGACCUUAGUAGCAUCAUUCCAAGCGAUGGAGAAGAAAGUGGACUCUCACGCCACCCGGCUGCUGGACCUGGAGGGCCGGACGGGGACGGCCGAGAAGAAGAUCGUAGACUGUGAAAAAACCGCCGUCGAGAUUGGGAACCAACUGGAGAGCAAGUGGGCCGCCCUGGGGACCCUGAUCCAGGAGUACGGGCUGCUGCAGCGGAGGCUGGAGAACAUGGAGAACCUCCUCAAGAACCGGAACUUCUGGAUCCUCAGGCUGCCCCCGGGCUCCAAGGGGGAGACCCCCAAGGUGCCGGUGACGUUUGACGACGUGUCCGUCUAUUUCAACGAGAAGGAGUGGGAGAAGCUGGAGGAGUGGCAGAAGGAACUCUACAAGAACUUGAUGAAGGGGAACCACGAAUCACUGAUCUCCCUGGACUAUGCAAUUUCUAAGCCGGGGGUCUUAUCCCAGUCGGAGCCCGGUGCGGACUCGUGUCUGGGGGACGAGCAGGACUCGGAAGAACAAGGCAGCCUCCCCGAUCCCACGGCAGCUGGCCUAAGGGUGGUGAUCAAAACAGAGGAGCCCCAUUCCGACGACUGCCCGGAAGACCUGGAGCGACACCAGAUGUCGGGGAGUUCAGAGGGGGAUUUCCAGGGCCUGGACCAAGACGCCCCCUGCGAGAGUCCGUACAGCGCGACGCCGCCUCCUGGAAACUUUGCAGGGAACAGCCUGGAGGAAGUGAGCGAGUACGGGGGUUUUGGGGAAAUCAAGAGAGUCACUGUGCAACACGGAAGCUGUACGGAUGACGGAAUCGUGAUCAAGAUGGAGGAGGAAGAGGAGGAGGAAGAGGAGGAGGAGGAGGAAGACCCCGUGAACUUAGAGCCCCGCGGCCUCUUCUCUUCGCGAGCCGAGCCCCCGUGCUCGCUGAAUUGCAACCCAGAGGCGAUUCGGGAAGACCAGCGGGUCGCAAAGAAGCCCCCCAGAGCGACGGUGGGGAUCUGCGCCCCGCUGUGCGAGAGGGACAGUAGCGUGGAGGCGAGGCCGGUGACCCUGCAGCAGAGGAACCGGACGCGAGAGAGGCCGUACAUCUGCCCGGAGUGCGGCAAGAGCUUCAUGCUGCGGAUCAAUUACAUCAUCCACCAGCGGAACCACCUCAAGGAGGGCCCCUACGAGUGCCACGUGUGCGACCUCAGCUUCCGCAUCAAGCAGCAGUUCCUCCUGCACCAGCGACUGCACACGGCGCGGCGGGUCGCGCCUCCCCCCCGCCGCGGGGGGGCCUUCCCCGACAAGCGCAGCCUCAAGCCGCAGCCCAGGCCCCCUCCGCCCCCUGGGAAGCCCUACAAAUGCAGCGAGUGCGAGAGCAGCUUCAGCCACAAGUCGAGCCUGAGCAAGCACCAGAUCACGCACGUGGGCGAGCGGCCGUACUCCUGCGGGGAGUGCCGCAAGAGCUUCCGGCUGCAGAUCUCGCUGGCCAUGCACCAGCGGGUGCACGCGGGGAAGAGCGAGCUCUCCUUCAUCUGCCCGCAGUGCGGCAAGGCCUUCAGCCGGCCCUCGCACCUCCUGCGGCACCAGCGGACUCACACGGGUGAGCGGCCCUACAAGUGCAGUCAGUGUGACAAAACCUUCAGCGAGAAGUCCAAGCUGACCAACCACUACCGGGUCCACACCCGCGAGCGCCCCCACGCCUGCGGCGAGUGCGGCAAGGGCUUCAUCCGGAAGCACCACCUCCUGGAGCACCAGCGCAUCCACACCGGGGAGCGUCCCUACCACUGUGCCGAGUGCGGGAAGAACUUCACCCAGAAACACCACCUGCUGGAGCACCAGCGGGCACACACGGGGGAGCGGCCCUACCCCUGCACGGAAUGCGCCAAGUGCUUCCGUUACAAACAGUCCCUCAAAUACCACUUGCGGACACACAUGGGGGAAAGAGGGCUGCCCCCCGCCUGCCCACCCACCCACCCGAAUCCUUUUGGUUUUCCAGUUCAAAUGCAACUCUCCGAGGAGGACGGGAGCAACUGCGCCUUCAGUUAG